UCUUUUGGAAUUUUUGUUUGUCUGCUAAACGGUACACUACUAAAUCAAAUGGUUUAGCAGCUGCAGCGUAACCUAAUUUGGUUUUAUAUAUCUCGAUGCAAAACCUUGUUGUGUACACAGUAAUAGACUACGGAAAGUCUGUGUCUACGAGCGUUUUUGAUGAACAAGUUUUUGAAAUCUCUCAACCAAGUUGAUAUCCACUUUUUCCUAUUUCAGCGAAAGGACGUCUAGAAUCGAAUGAAGACAUCGAUGUACAAAUAAUUACUUUUUAACAAAUUUACCAUCACGCAGGACGUCUUGACUAGUGUCAAGACAAUAAUACGUCCGGACGUAUGGGAAAAUUUUGCGCCGGUCUUGCGACGAGUAGCACGUCAUGCUCGACUUUUGGACACCCCGUUCUGUCUACUCCUCUGGUUCAGCAUCCGUCGUACGUCAAGACUUUUAGUCCUGACACUUUAAAAAAGAAAUUCCAAAUGCAGACUAGUCUGGACGGGUUGGUCGGACACUUCGGACUUUUUGUAUAUUCACCGACGAAGUCGAAAAUAUUGCAAGUCACCGAAUCAGCGUAUUUGUCUACCGAAUUGAAUGCGCAAUUAUUCAGUAAGCCUUUUUUUAGCUCUAUCAGUUCACGAAAAUCAGUUGUUACCGGGAACGUUACGAACUUUUUUAUUUAAUAGUCAUGUGAAGAACUAUUUUGUGAUGGUCGAUCAUUAAGUAGAAAAGUUUCACCAAUUCUUUUGUGAGUAAAUUUCUUUGGCAAGACAAAUAAUCAUCUCCUUUAACAGCAAAUGUGAAUGAAGAAUCAGUUGACCAUCAUCAUUUGGGGAAUAGUAAAACAUGAAGACACCCACAGACAGCACACGGACACCCAUAGAUGUCUGGAAUAUAUACGUCGGACGUCAACGAAAUAAUUCGGUUAUUUGAUAUUCAGUGGCGGUCACCCAUUCGCUUACCAAUCGUUGUCUUGACACGUAGAAAGGGCCAGUUCAAGUUUCCAAGCUUUUCUGUAACGAAAAAGUGAUUGUAAAACAAAAUUUAUUUAGUACAAACUUACAAAAACAAGCAGCCACUUGUAGACAAGUAACCGUUUGAUCUUGGUUAUAGACCUACGUAAUGUUUUCGGCUCAUUAAGUAUCAUUGCAUUCAGCUUACUUUACUCGUCGUUUCGGUCUAAACGAUUGCGGUUCGUCCAUAAACAAGUGAGUUUCAUAGUCCAUUUAUAUUAGUGGAAAUAUGAAGUUGUGCAAUGCGACAGUAGAAAAACCUACAAUUCUUUUUCUUCUGCAGAGGAAAAGAAUUGAAAGUGAACGACAGUUCAUGUUGACUGUGAGAGACAUACGUGAAUCUUGUGACAAUGUUUCCGUUACGAUGAUAAAUCAGGAACGUAGUGAAGCUGAAAGAACCCAGUUGUGAAUAUUUUCAGGCAAAACUAAAAAGUUCAUAAAUUCGGUUAAAAUCAAUCCGUGCUACUUCAAAAGAUCAAGAUAAACUCGACUUUAUCUGCGCAAUGUGAUUCUGUAUUUAAAACGAGUAAAAAUUAUUAUGGGUAAUAGUAAAACAUGAAGACAUCCGCAGACAACACACAGACAGCUACACAGACAUCCAUGGGUGUCCGUGUAACUGUGGUUGUAUGUGUGCUGUCUGUGGAUGUCUGUGUGUUGUCUGUGGGUGUCUGCGGAUGUCUUCAUGUUUUACUAUUACCCAUAAUAAUUUUUACUCGUUUUAAAUACAGAAUCAUAUUGCGCAGAUAAAGUCGAGUUUAUCUUGAUCUUUUGAAGUAGCACGGAUUGAUUUUAACCGAAUUUAUGAACUUUUUAGUUUUGCCUAAAAAUUCUUGUUGUAUCAAAGAAUAUGAAUACUCUUAUGUCAAAGAUACAUGAUGAUCCAGUUACGAGACCUUCGUUUAUCUAAAAUAUAAGUAUUAUGACAACAUGUGCAGUGUUAGCGGGAUUGUCUGAUAUGAGAAUCUUGAGAUCUGUUUAAGUCACUAACGAAGAAAAAGUCUAUGCAGAUCGUUUCAAAAUAAAUGGAAUAACCUGUAAAUACACCGACAUUUCCGCAAGUGACAGUUCUACAGAUUUUUUGAAAAUAGAAAUUAAGAAAACUGUUAUGUUUGAAACACACUAUCAGAAUAAAACAUACGAUGUUAUAUGCGAACCUAUUUACUAUUACAUCUUUCAAUUCAGUCCAUUUUGAAGUAAUGCCAUUAGUCUCCUAGUGCAUCAUGCAACUGUUUUUAGUAUGAAACUACUUUUCGAACUCACAUUGCUUUCAAAACCCCCCACCCUCCCGCCGUAUACACCCAUUCUCUACGCACUUAUGAAAAACUUUUCAAGUAUGUCUGUGCUGAAAAAUAUCUAAAUUUCUAUUCUGAAAAUAUUGGCGGAGGAGUCGUGUCACGACUAUAACCGACAAGGCUGUAGCGGCAGUGCUCCUUCAGAAAUCCUUGUUAUUUUUUUACAAACGAGCGCCUCCUCUUAUGUCAGAAUCAAUCAAACAAUCAAUAUAUUUACUUAUUGUCAUAAUCAUGACAGAAAGCUAGCAAGAACUUAUAAACGUUAUUCCUUAUUAGAUUUUAUAAUGAAAAAUUAAAAAAUUAAUAUACAACAUGUAUUAAAUAAUAAAAGAGAACUUAUUAAUAGUUUCUCGAAGUUUUUUUCUGAUUCUACGUAGUUUUCUAAGAAAACCACGUGAAAAAAAACUGACUAAAAUAAAACAUCGGAACAGGAUAACAAAAAGAAGAAAAAUGAAACUGUACCGCAAACAAAUGAAUCAUCAUUUGACGGUUGAAAAUAGAAUUUAUUGUUCCGUUUUAUGUUAGUAAAAACCAACAACUGAAAACAGUUGAAAAUGAUUUGAAUCAUUUUACAUUAAUAGUGAGAACAUUCUAAUUUUCAACGUCGAAGUUUCAUUUUUGAAUUUCUUCUUAUACACUGACAAGUCAUGUUUUUCUAGUAGUUGAAACGUGAAAUGGCUAGCAAUAGAAACAAUUUAUUUGAAACCAUAUUCAACCGACUUUGUUUAUUUAUUUAUUCUUCUUACAAUGAUCAAUCAAUGAAAUGUAUUUUAUCACUUUUAAUUCAUUUUUUACAUUUUGGCAGUUGUUGUUUUUCUCCUACAGAUUUCAUUUGGCUGGGACAACGAAUCAAAUUAUUGCGAUAAGUAAAUAAAUCUGACAUUGAAAUGACAACAACAAUAAUUACAUUAAAUCAAGAUCAAAAUAUAUUUUUAAUAUGGUUUGAUAAUAAUAUUGAUAUAAAAAUACAAAAUGAAUUAAAGCAUUUGCAUGAUCAUUUUCUGCUAUGUUCAACAUUCGAUGAGAUGAAUAUGAUUGAUAAGAUAGAAAAUAAUAUAAUUAUUCUCAUUGUUUCGGACAAUAUUCUCGUUAUACAUUACAAUCAUUCCAUAAUAAUGAUAAAAUUGAUUCAUUUUAUAUAUUUUUGUAUAAAUAGAGAUUUGUAUAAAGAUUUAAUAUAUUCAAAUUUAAUUGGUAUUUAUACCGAGUAUAUUCUACUAUAUCAGGCUGUAGACAAACGAGUGCACUCAUUAAUAAAACACUUUUCAAUAUUUAAAAUAUAUUAACAAACAAAUAAAUCUAUUCGUGAUUUAGAACAAGAAUCUGUAAAUUAUUUACAAUAUCAUUUAUUACGUGAUACAUUAUUGAAUAUGGUUACACGUACAGAAGAAUCAAAACAAGAAAUGGUUGAUUAUUGUCGAAUUUAUUUCCAUGGACAAUGUAAACGAUUAGAACAAAUUAAUGAACUUGAAACGACUUAUCAGUCGUCUAAUACUAUUCUAUGGUAG